AUGGAGGCUAUGGACUUGACGCUGUCAGGUGCAGCACGCGCUCCAGCGCUCGCCUCCUCGCCCAACCUGUUUCGAGCGAAAGAACCGUUUCAUGUUCAAGUGAUACCACCCGAUGCCCACGCCAAUGCUUCUCCCGCCUACGUUACCCACCUGCUCUCGCUGUCAACAUCAUACGGAACACCUACACUACUCGCAGUUGCUGACGAUAGCACGCUUACCUUGAUCGACAAGACCUCUGGCGUAGUGGCCGAGUCGUGUCGUGCUUUCAAGGAUGCAAGAAUUACGCAAGCCAAGCCUUUGAGCUGCUCAUCCGGAGCUGCCGGAGAAUUCGUAGCAAGUGUCUCGAAUGGAACCGUAGCUUGCUGGGAUACUAGGACAGGCCUCACAAAGCCCGUAUGGACGCUGCAGGGAACGUCGAAAGCGCCGUAUCUGUGCGUCGAACCGUCGCCAAAUGACGCCAAUACCGUGGUAGUGGGUACCGAACAGUACGGUCAUGGAGACAGCGAUAUUGACAUCUGGGACAUACGUUCCAAAGCAGCGCCCAGGAGCAAGUACAACGAGGUGCACAGCGACGACGUGACUGUUCUUCAGUACCACCCUGAUGCCGCGCACCACGCCGGGAUCUUGCUGAGCGGGUCAACGGAUGGCUUGGUAUCGGCGAUCGACACCACAAUUGCGGAGGAAGAGGAUGCGGUGAUUUCGGUAGGCAACACGGGCAACUCUGUUGCGAGAGCAGGAUGGAUUUACUCGACAUCAUCAUCGUCUUCAGCAGCAGCAAGUUCGUCAAGCUCACCGGCAGGUGCAAUGGACACGCAUAUGGAUGGGGUUGACGAGCAAGCAGAUUUGAUACAAGUUGAGACCGAAGCACGUCGUCGUACACUGGGCAAGGUGUGGGCGGUGGGUGAUAUGCAGACACUAGCGCUGUUUGAUGCCGACAAGUUUGAGCCCAUCUUUGCCACCACCGAUGUUCGUUCGUCUUCUUCACUCCGCCCGCCUUGGUCGACCGACUACGUGAUCGACGCGUCUACCGCACUCGGCUCGUUCCCGAAUCCUUCUCUCGACGAAACAUUGACGCUCUUCGUCGGCAGAUCCGAAGGUGCGUUUGCCGCGAUCUCGAUCCCCACAAUCGCUUCCACCAGCAACACUUGUUCAUGGCGUCUUCGAGCGGUUUUCCCUGAACAAGGCGAUGGUACAUUCUACGGGCACUCGGAUAUUAUCCGCUCGGUUGAAUGGGACGCUGCCACAAAUACGCUCUAUACUGGCGGAGAAGAUGGCAAUCUAUGCUUCUGGAACUUUGAUUCAGCUCACCAGGUAGCGUCGACCGGAUCGAUUGCGUUGAACUCGAUCUCGGCACCAGCAGGAUUAACAAGUAGCCCAGGCUCGAGCAGAUCCGGUGGCUCGCGCAAUGCCACUCCGUCACGAUCGCAGCGCUACACUCCAUACAAGUGA